GCCGGAGAAAGCUGAAGGGCACUAAGGCAGCGGAACCAUCCGACCCACGGACACUUUUCCCGCGGAUAGCCACGGCUGCAGACCCCGGAAUCCCAAUAAAAUACAGACGGGUUGAAUCCCACGUGCGGCCGCUGUGUGGAGGCGACACCCCGCUGUCUGGAGGGUGAGGAGCGCGCUGCACAGGGAUGGAUUUAAGCAGAUGAUAGCUGAACGCGCGAGGUACAGUAUAGAGUGCGUGUGUGCUGCCGAUCAGCUGAGUGUUCAUUGAUUACCUGCCGAUUAUGUGGCUGCUUGUAAACAGAGCUGUCUGAUGGAUUUAGGGGAAUCAGUGAGAAGAGAAGAGGAGAAGGCUUUAAGAUGCAGAGGUUAUCCUUAGUGAGGGGAAUCAGACAACUGAACUCUCUCUGCACCACUGAUAACCUGCCGGAUUAUAAUCUGACAGCAAAUACGAACAUAGAGUCCGAGAAGGGGGAUGCAAAACUGUGUUUAACUACAAACUACAGGGGGACUAUGUGUCUGAUUUGAUUAAAGAAUACAAUCAUAAUUCUAUAUUUUCAUCUAUCGUCUGUCAUUUCAUUAUGACAUUGUUAUUGCUAUUGUCUAUAUAGACAAUACGAUUUUCGUCCCAUCCUGCAUAAACAUGAUAAUUUACAGAAGACUUUUUUACUAUUCAUGAUUACUAUAAAUAUUUGACUGCAUAUUUCUUUGUGAGAAACUAUCAGGUCUUGGUGUGCAGCUGCAGGCGAUCAUUGCAUUUAUGAUCAUCUUUAAAAGAAUGAUUUAGUAGUCUAUCUAUUAUUAAAUAUCUGUACAUAUUUUGAAUUUAUUUAUUAAAAUACAUAUUUAAUGCUCUUUUUUUAUUUAAUGGCUCAAAUAUUGGACUGUAUAUGGCUCCAAUAAGAAUACCGUCAACAGGAACGUAAUUUAAUAACAUAUUUCUAACAAGUGAACAAAAACAAACACGGCAGACAUUUUUCUCAGUUGUUUUUAUGUGCAAGUCUUUAUUAAAUUUAAGUUUUUAAUGAUAACAGCAAAUUUGGUCUCGCCAUUUAAAGUCCGUUUGAGCUUUUCUGAAAGCUUCCAUCGUUUACUAUUUUAUGAAAGUGUUUGAUAUGUGGCUGAAAAAUGCAUUGUGCGUGACUUUUGUUAUUUAUAUUGUACGAUGUGUUGUAAUAGACACACUCUCCUCCAUCCAUUUGCAGCCCAGAGAAGUUAAAUUUAGAAAAACUUUCUAACACAUGAUUGGAGGUUAUUUUUGCGCAUUAAUUUUACGCAUUAAUUUCUAGCCUCCUCCCUGCUGAUGCUCAGCUCUGGCCCUCAUGUGUUACAGCUACAGGCACAAAAUGGCGGCAGAUGAAAUUUUAGCACCACUCUCUUAUAUCAUUUACACCCCCUCCUCUUCCCUGUGUUAUUAUUUUUAUUUUCAGGUCAGCUCUCUUAACCUUUACUCACAAAUUCAUGUUCAGAUUUUUUCCACAUCUGCACAGCAAAGUGACAAACUCUGUUUAUCCCUGCUGUAGUGACUUCUUUUUGCAAUGCUUUGAGAUCUUUUACAAGCUCCAACCAGACUCCAUGUAGGAUCUUAUGCAUUUAAACACAGCUCAAACAUCAUGAAUUGACCUCUGGUAGCUCUUCAGGAUAAAACUACAGCUUGAUGUUUUCCUUGUCUUGAGUUUUUCUGCCCGUGUGUUGACAGAUAUCAACAUAUAGUGUGUGAGAGUUUCAUGCCCCUGCACCCUUUCAGACUGAGAGAGACCUCACUGACACAAACAGAAACAGGAUUCUGGCUCGUGCCACUCAAUUCAACAGUAAAAGGCCCAGUUUCACACUGUUAAAAAGAAACACUCCCUGUCAGCUUCUAUCUUUAUUAGCUUUCACAAAUGUCUCCAUCAGUUUACACUGGACGCCGCCUCUCCACUUUCAUGGCUGAGAGAGCGGCCGUGGUGUGUUUACAGGCCUGAGGAGUGAGGCUUUCAGGGACAGGGAAGAGAGAGCAACAGGUUUGAAGCUGGCCAACAAGACUAGGGGCUGUUUUCUCUUGUUUUUUUUUCUUCACAGAGGUUAGUGGUUUGGAUAAUUCAGAGUGAUAUAAAGUAACAGGAAAGUGAACUACAGUAGUCAAAACUCAAAUUUUAUACGGUAAAAUAAAUUUGUCUGUCUGAAUUUUGAAUCCAUCCAUGAAAGUAUUGUUUUUUUUAGUAGUUUUAGUACAUAAUAAGGAGAAAUAAGUGCUUUGUUAAAGUCUCACAGUAAUGGGGAAGAGUGAAGUCUAUUACUCCAGACAUGAGCUGGAAUAACUGACUGUAAACUUUGUCCUACUUUUCAGACAUGUCAUUUUUCCACUGGGUUGAAAUUAUGCUCUUCUACUCAUUACUGUGUUGCUCUUGUUGUUUAUGUAUUUUCUCAAUUUUUGUUUACAUUUGUAAAUUAAGGAAACCAACAAGUAAAUUACAGUUUAGUCUCAUUUUGGAGGACUUUUGCUGUAGUUAUAUAUAUUUACGUAGUUAUUCAAGAGGUCGCAUAACUUUUUUCCAUCUUUUGUGUUGUUAAUAAUUUAAACAGCUAAGUCAGUGUCACUAUUGAUAAACCUCAUGUAAGUACGUUUUUAAGGGGGUUAUAUUUGUCAUAAGAAAUCAUUGAAUCCAGACUUAGAACUAGUAAAAUUUUAAUACUCCUGACCGUUUUCCCUUUUUAAAAGUCCAGAGGAGACUCUUGGGUAUUAGGACACCUCUGCUCACCUCUGAAUUAUCUGGCAAUCUUUUUUUACGUUUGCAUCAGUCAUAUAAAAAAUGCUUUUAAUAGGUAUCAGUUGGAAAUGGAAACUGGUGACUUAUAUGUAUCUACAAAUACUUAGUUGAGCUUUUGGGGCAAUAACUUAAGACAAAUGAAGCAGACUGAGUAAUCCUGCUUGGUUCAAAACUCAUACCUGGACUUCCUGAUGACUAUUUAGUGUUAUUGUGCAAUAUUUUUAUCACAUGUGCUCUUCCAAUAGUUCAUCGUAAAUAGCGCUCAUUGACCCCAAGGGUCUGAGGCAGGCCUGCAGCUCAGCCCGGAGGACGAGAAGUAGACACAGACACAGAUCAGAGGCGUGUGAAUGAUGGUCUGCAGCGGCUUUGUAGGUGUCAGAGACAGAGGGGACAUAUGACUGUCAACAUUAUGACAGAGAUGAAUUUAUCCUCUGUUUUAGUUUGGGAGUGUUUUUUCCUGUUAAUUUUUCAGAUCGUUUUAGAGGCUUUGGGGCUUCUCAUCUGAAAACUCACAUCCAUGUGGUGUGAAAAAAUGAGGGCGCCUUAAUGGCUCUCGAAAAGACCCUCUGGAUCCUCUUUGUUGUUGGUUGGAUCUUAAACUUUAUGCGGCCAAUCUAAGUAGUUUGAUGCAGUAAAGUGCUUGGGUUCAUCAGAAUUAAGUUUUAGUGUGCGUUUGUUGAUUUGUGUUUCUUUGAAGAUGAUGUUUUUUGGUGUUUAAAGCUCCUGUCAAAAAGUCUCAGUUUGUGUUAGUUUUGGUACCCGUUGUGGACAGCGUGGUAUCUCUUACCUUCUUUUUAAGGCAAAAACUUCUGGCUAACUUACCACAGUCAAAUCUAUCACUGAAUAUUUGCAUCAGAAUUUAAAAACAGAGUCUGUGUUUGCAGUGUGUGAGGGAUUACUUUAUUUGACACCUACCCCCAGCAGCUGUUUCAGAUAUGGAAAUGACAAUGAAGAAAUACUCUACAUUUUUGAGAAUGGUUUCAUUCUUUUUUUAGAUCAUACAGGAACCUUAGUAUUAAUUUUCAUCUGUUUCAUAACUAAUUUAGAACUCCACACAGGAGCUUUAACUUCUAUAAAGUUGAUUUGUAUAUCUACCAAAAGCAUUAAAUGGUCAACAGCAAAUUUCAUGUGUGCAUGUGUUUCAUGUGUCUCACCUGACUUUAUCCUGUUCAUGUGUAAAAAGGAGUUUCUUGAUUUCUUGUUGUGGAAAAUUAAAGAAAAAAAAAACUGUAAUGAGCACUCGUUCAGCCCAGCAGUUAAUGUUUGAAUUUUGCACAGAGGAUAUUGAUAUUGUCAGUGGUUUCUGGAUGACCUCAGUGUCCCAAAGUCUCAAUGCUUAUUUUCCCCCCUUUUCAGUCACUAUAUAUCCAGUUUAUCUUCAUCUUUGCUAUCUCAUGAAGGUAACAAUACCUUGCCUGAUUGUUACUCACCUUGCCUGACACCCACCCUGUCCUACAGUGGUAACAAGCAUUGCAGUUACUUUCCAGGAAAUAUAAAUCUGCUGGCUGAUAGUCUGGUUAGCUUUUGUUCAUCACACUGAGGCUUAUGACUGUAGCUCAUUUCAUACACAGAGAUGAUACCUUCACAAGAACUUUAAGGUCUUUGUCAACUGCUUGCGUCCACAAAGAACUUUUUUGAAAACUAGUUUUGGCUCAAACUCUGUAUUUUUGUGGUCCGUAGUAACUCUGUGGGGCUAAAGGGACCACAUUGGAUGGUUCUAUAUCAGCACUUAAGUGGUUUAUGUCAAGAACUCUUGGUUCAUAAUCAUUUAGAUAAGGCUAUGGAAAAUUUUGCAGAAUAGUAAAGGUUUCUGUUGGCUUCACUUCCAUAGUCACAUUUUUAGCACCAGUUAGCAACUUCAUAUAUUUAUAAUUUCUUUGUUUUUUCAGUUGCAUGAUUCUGCAAAGCAAUGCAAAAACAUGGAAUGUUUGAUUACAGCUGAUGAUUUGAAGCGGUAUUUGUGAACUGUGUUAGGUAUAAAAUAGUUUCCAAGUGCUGUUUCUUAUGUGUUUUCAUGGUUUUUAAAUUUCCCUCCAAAGACCUUUAAACUCACUUUUUAAUUGGCAGCAAUUCAUCUGAGUGGUUGAAGUUGAAUCUAAGUGGUUAGCAAGUUGAAUUUCAUCUGGCUGCUUUAGAACGGUGAAUACCCAUUAAAUUACGGGCAUUAAAAUACAUGCAUGUUGAGUGGGAGAGCCUUUUUACAUAAAAUAUAAUCUUUUUUUGGAAUAAACUUGUGCAGCCUGAGUGUUGCUGCUCUUCACAUGUGUUCCUAGACCAAACCCUUCUUUUUUUGGUUGCACUUUUAUCUUUGACUACAUUAUGUCUGUGUGAUUUGCAGCCGAGGCUUUGAUCCACAAAUCUGAAAUCAAAUCUGAGUUUUUGACUCGGUGAGUUUCUCAUGGAGCCAAACGUCUGUGAGUCUGCUCGACUGCUUUAGUUAAUGAGAUGAUUAGUAGGUUGGGGUUUAGGGAUGAGAUAAUGCAGGAUGAAAAAACUCAUGCAAAAGUAUGUGUCUGAUAGAAGCAAAUCAGUAUGAAAAAAUGAGUUUGUGCAAGAAGUUUGCUCCAGUGCAUGAUGGGAUGCAAAGAUGCUCGUCCUCAACGGAGCUGUUUCAACACUGGCUUGUCUAUUUUGAUACAAAAUGACUGAAUAUCACUCAAAAAUAAAUAAUCACAGAAUAAAUGAAAUUUAAAAUGAAUCCUUGUGUUGUGAAGGCUUCCGCUUCAUGUUUCCUGUUUUGCACAUAUUUAUAUUGAUUAUGAGCAAGAGAGCUGAAAUCUGAAAUACAAGAAUUUAUGAUGCCCAUGUUGAACGUUUUAAAUGAUGGCAGUGAAGUCAGGAAAGUGCAAGACAAAUGUUGUAAACAGCAAUAUUUCAAAUCUUGAUCUUCAAACGUGUCAGCAGUGCAUGUUUACUAAAUAUGAGGUUUCCCUUCAUGUUGAGCUGAAACUGUUUUUCAUGUCUACAUCCAAUAAUAACUCCACUGUGAAUACAACUUGGCUCAAGUUAACUUGAGUUUUUUUCCACCAUCAAAUGAUUUUCUUACCAACAGCAGCAACUGGUGGCCGUACGCUCCGUCUGUCUGUUCUUCAAUCCAACAAAUGACACAUGGAGAUGAGGCAGCUCAGAAAAAAAGUUUCAACCUGCUGGAAUUUUAUAUCCAUAUUUGAUUUUUUUUAGUAUCCUUUUAUAACAAAGUAUUUACAAAAGCUCUCUAAUGAAAUGCAUAUGUAGUUCCUAGUUUGUAACAUGGAUAAUAAAAACAAAAAUUUGAAAUGAAUCCCAAAAGCUUCAUAAAAAUGUAUCCAAAAACAGAGCCAAUCAUCUGCUGAGCUGCAGCAUAAAAUAUUUCACUGUACACGGCUUUCAUUUGAGGGUAAAGGGUGUAAAGGAACUAAAAUACAUGUCCUGGGAAAAGGCAGAUCAAUCAGCUGGCUCACAAGCAUCUAAUACAAGUAACUGCCAUGAUAAUAAUAAUAAUAGUAAUAAUAAUAAUAAUAAUAAUAAUAAUAAUAAUAAUAAUAAUAAUAAUAAUGACCAGCAGAAGUUAUAAGUUGGUGAAGAUUGAGGAAAAAUCUAAUUUUUUAAGACAAAUUUUGUCUGAAUGACAAAAACUGACAGAAAUAAAAUUGCUCAACAAACAGACUCAUGUAAAAUCAGAAAAGGCUUUCCCCUUUAAACAUUUUAUAAGAGAGGGUUGUAGAGAAAUCCCUGACUCGGCUGACCUGAUCACCUCGGGCAGAUCGCUCCAGAGUUUUAGAGCCAGCAAACGCUCUGUCCCCUCUAGUUUCUCCUCUAGUUUCCAGUCUGGCACACGGUAGAAACAGAAGACCUCUGCCUGAGGAUCUUAACGUAAGGUAGCUACAUGUUAUUUUUGAACAGGCUAACAGGUCUGAUUUGUAGAUAAUUUAGAGAUGAGCAAUCAGUGAGAUCGUAAAACCAGUUCUCAAACAUGUGGUGUUGGUGUGAAAAGAAAAAAACGGAGUAAUGGGAUCGUGUUGUUCUGGUUUAAGCUCUGACAGCUGAGUUCUGCACAGUCUGGACUUCAGGGACUGAUUUUUGGUGUGGGAGGGUAAAAACGCCAGUAAUUGAUUCACAGAGAAGUAAAGGCAUGUAAAAUUGUCUCUGCAUCUUUCAAAGUUGGAGAGAAAUGUGCAAUUAAAUUAGUUUACUAUCAUUGUUUGAAAGUUGUUAAUAAAGUAUUGAUGGUAAUAUGAGAGGUAUCCAAAAAUGGUUGUAGGCUCAGUUUUUUUGGUCUAUAUUUUAUUUAUUUUUUUACAUAAACAAAGAAGCAGAAGUUUCCCUGAGGUUAUAACUUAGGAAAAGCCAUUGAACGGUUAAGCUCAUUCUUUCUAUAUACUUUUUUGGUGACAUAAAAUAUGCUUCAAUGCAACUUUUUAACCACGUGACUGUGAAAUGAGGGGAUUUGGAUGAUACAUCAAACAGAAAAGGCUAUAAAAGUAUUUUGAAAUAAAAGAAUAAAAUAAGAAAUUUUCAAUUCUGUCUCAUGUAGAUCAUUAUUGUUUUAUUAACAGAAUAAUUGGUAUCUUAGGCAGACAUAAUUUUCUCAAAUUGUAGAACAUAAUGUUGGGCAACUUUGAGGUAAUUCCGUUAUCAAAACUGCAGUACAUUGAAAAGUAUAUUUAGGUUUUGGCAACUCUUCGAACUACCUAAAACUUGAAGCACUUACUGGAAAGAAAGUGACGCACCAUCUGCACAAAUAUGUAAAAUUUUAUAAGUGGAGCUUCGCUGCGGUAAGACAACCGAAUGUGCUUUUACAAUAGAUAAAUAUGUACGGUGGCCAUGAAGGUCAAAUACACAAAAACUUCAUGAUCACAAAAAUGCAUUUCACAAAACACAAAGACAACUUUCCUUUAAGUGAACUUCAACUUUUGUUUUGUAAAAUGAUUAUCUGAUUUAUAUGACACGUUUGUGUUUCAUCAAACAUUUCUGCGUGUCGUGAAUUUUUUUUGUUUCAUGAAAUAUUAUUACAUUUUAUGAAAUGAUUUUCAAGUGUAAUGUUUUAGUGUUCAGUGAAAUGUUUGUGCUGUUGACCUGUGAGUUUGGGAUGUGUAAGUGUAUCAUUUUCAGGCGGGUGUGUACGUGAGUGUACCUUAUAUCUGAAGUGUCCCAUGCCAGAUGAGAUUUCUCUGUGACAGCUGGGUAUUUGUGUAAUCCUGCAGAGAUGCUUCAGGAGAAAGUUUCAGUGGUGACGGAUGAAUGUAUGGCCGGCAGUGGCGGUGGUGGAGAGGAGACGGAUCUCCUUCCGGACCAGUCCCGACUUAGCCUGUCCACAGCUCCCAGCAUCCCCAGCUCCAGUGAGCCUGACCAGGUACACACAGAACCUCACAGUAUCCUCUCAUAACUGCUUUUUAUACUCUUUAAUUACAUUCAAAUCAUAACAUGUAAAGUUAGACAUCUUGUGUGUUAAGAAUAGAUUUAGACUUUAAUUUUUCAAGGUGUCAGCAUGACUAAAAAUCUGCAGAUGAUUGAAUGUGUUGCUCUUCAGUGUUUAUAUUUGUACCUGAUAUUCCAGGGAGUGAUGUAUUGCUUUGUGCUGAGCGUAACAGCCGUGUUUGUUCUCUUGCAGAACAUCGAGAACAUUAAGGUGGUUCUUCAUGAGAGGGAGCUGUGGAAGAAGUUUCACGAGGCUGGCACAGAGAUGAUCAUCACUAAGGCAGGCAGGUUAGUCAAGCUGCAAACACACACCAUUUAUCAGUCACAGUCUGAAACCAAAGAUGGAAAAAUCAUUACUUUUAGGGAGGCGGGGGGUUCCAUUUGGUCAAAAUGCAGUAAAUAUCAAUUAAACACCAGCUCCACCACAUUUAUCAUGGCCCUGCUGUUAUUUAUAAGGAAAAGUCAUCUUUUAUUGUGUAUCCAAAGCUGUGGUCAUGACUCCAGAGAUUAACACACUGGCAGUGGAGCCAGUUCACCUGCAGAAAUAACUCGAAACCAUUACGGUACAAGUUGACUUUUGAGUCAUGUGGAUGGAUGUUGUCUGCAGGCAAAUCCAUCAGAGAAUGUAUUUUUAUCAUGAUGGUGAACGGGUUUGAAGGAAAAUGUUCUAUGCUUAUUAAUUUACAUACACAUGUGUUCUCACAAUACCUUUCAUUAGCUUUAAUAGUGUCCUGAAUUUUUAAAAACGGAAAUAGGCCACUUAGUAUUGUCAACAUGUGCUGCAAAACCGCAGGCACUACCUAGUACACUGUGAGUGAGGGGUCAAGUCGUUCUUAAAUGAUCCAAGUCAGUUAGGGAAUUCUUGUUGCCUCCAAGUUAAGAUUCAGGACAAGCACACACACAAAAAAAUAUUAUUUCUGACAGCCAUCUGCCUUUGAAAAGUUCAGUGUGAUUUUCAUUUCGUGCUUCUACCUAUUCAAACGAAGUUCUCUGUUAUCUUGUGUCGCAUGGACUUUUCUUAAUAUCCCUUUUUAUUGUUUGUGUGAUGGUCACGUAGCAUCACCGGCUGAAUAACAAAUUAACCCCUUACAAUUUAAAAACACCUCUCUUAAAAAAAAAAAAAAGGUUUUCACCAAGAUGUUGCAAAUGCUAUUGCAGAACUUCCCGUACAAUAUGCUUUAGUAACCUUAAAAAAAUCUGAAUCUAUGGAAAAUUACAAAUGACCUGACAUUCAAGUGACGCAUAUGUAAGACAAAAUGCCUAUCUUCUUCUCUGCGAACCUCUGUUUAGCCAGCUAAUAGUAACAUAUCAUGGUUAAAAGUUUGUCUCUGAGGAAGAGACAGAAAGUUCCUGCAGCAGCGACUUGAUAAUUGAAAACACAAAUGACUGGCCGUCUCUUUGGAUUUAAUGCGACCUGAGGAUUAGACAGUGAGGCCUGUGGACAUUAACCAGAGAAUGAGUACACUCUCAGAUCGACCUCCGCCUCUCAUUCCUCACGGGAUGUUUUUUUUCCUCCUGUAAAAAAAUGUAAAAGGUCACCACAUUUUUUUCCUUAAUGCUGCAUAACCGUAAGAGAUGGGCUUUCCCUUGUCCAGCUGAUGAAGUGGGCUCUGAAUCCUUAAAGCCCUUUGAAGAGCUCUGCAGAGGGGUUUAACUGUGCAGCUGUGCUGGGAAACCGUCAGCCAGUCUGCAGCAGACACGCUGAAGGUCUGGCUUUAUCUUUAAAGAGCAACAGAUCUGAAAAAGAAUUCACACUAAAUGAUAUCAUCAGCAGACUGAAUAAUUCAAGAGUGUUAUGAAUAGUGGAUGUAAAACUAUUCACUGUGUUAUCAUGGCAGAACACAUUCAGUCAAAUUAGAAGCAGUCAUGGCAGGGAGGCUGUUUGAGUAGCACAGGAAAAUUCAGUACGACAUUGUCUUGGAUGGGCCGAUGGAACUAAUACAUCUUUUUUUUUUAAAGUAGACUCUCUCUGAUAAUGUUUUAGAUAAUAAUCACACAGCCAACAGGAAAAUGUGAGUACGGACCCAAUGACAUUGCCUUAACGUGUGAGGGAUUUACAUCCAUUCACUUAAUGUAUACUAUGCUAACUAAUAUUAGAUCCAAAGUACUAUGUUGGGAUAAUAUAUUGAAGGAAACUCACCCUCCAGAUUUGGCUGCAAACUACACAUUGGCUACGUUCAUACUGGAGGUUAUGAUGUACAAUUCAGAUUUUUGUUAAAUCCGAUCUUUUUGUGCGGUCGUUCACAUUACAACAAUGAAUGCGACAUCUAAUGUGAGCAGAAUGCGUCCGUGAAGUGACCCACAUGCGCACAAAGCACAAAUUGCUGUCCGCGCCUGUUUGUGUUGUCGAACAAUGGUGACGUUUGUCACAUAUUGAUGACGUAUAGGUUGGAUGAACGCGCCUGAGCGUCCUCACUGCAGACACAUCGGAUACAUAUCCGAUUUAUAUCCACAUACAAAAGAGGCGUGGGUCGGAUUUGAAAAAAUCAGAAUUGCACUGUUCACACUUACAUGAAAAAAUCAGAUAUGUGUCACAUAUGGUUAAAAAUCAGAAUUGACCAGCAGUGUGAACAUAGCCCUUGUUAUUACCUGAGUCAACAUGUAUCCUGUCAGUCUGUUUUGGGUGAGUCUCAGUUUCACUGUCAAUACAAGUAUACUACUGUAGGGAUGUGAACAAGGAGAAGAUUUACAAGUAAUUACCAAGUCUUGGGUUUGCUUGAGUAACAUCAUGAUGUAAAUUGUAAAAAUAGGUUUUGUCAGGUCUGUCUUCAAAGGGGAAAAACAACUUUUUGAAGGGAACUGGUAAAUUUUGACGCUUUUCAGAGGUCACCCAGGUAAAAUUGUUAGCUGCACUGUCAAGCAGAUAUCUGUUAAUAAUGAUAAAUAAGUCCUGAUGUUAUUACCACCAAUUAGAGCUGGGGUAUCAUUGUGGUGGAGUGUGAUUCGCCUGCUUUUGCUCUCCAUACAGUCUGUUUUACUACUAAACACCAAAGCUUGUUCCAGCUCUAAACAAUAACCAGAACUCUUCUCUUAUGAAAACCCAGACCCAGUAGAGCAGGUUCAUCACUUUAGUGAAGAAUUUGUUGAGAUUAGGUAUUGAUAAAAAAUGUUUAAGAGCAGAUAGUUAGCUUCACUUGCAUGCAGAUGUCCAUUUGUUGACGUUUAUAAGCAUGAAUCAUCCUUGUUGACAGUUAAUGGGUUUUGGGAUUGCAUUGCAGCUGAUAGGUCCCUGUGUGUGGCCAAAGCCAGUUAAAAUGCUUGUGGUUGAUACUCUUUGCACUAUUAACAAAUUCCAGAAAACUCUCAACACCAUUUUUUUUUUUUUUACAUAGAAUUUGUAAUUACAGAAUGAGGGAUUCACCAAACUGAUUUAAAUUCAUCCUGAAGGAAACACACGUAUUUUACUCUGCUCUGAUCAUUUAAUAACAGAAAUGAGUGUUUGUUAACUAAGUGUUAUGUGCAUUAGUUUAAACAAUAUGUGAUUAAUAAAACUGAUAUUUGUUUCAGGCAGGAAUGAAUGUUAGUAUUAAGUAAAAUUCCCUUCCCUAAUGUAAAUAGUAAUGAGAGGAAAAAGAAUCAAAACUAAAAUUAGAUCAUCAUUUUCACUAAGAUCAGGCGAUUAAAUCUUAUGUAUCACAACACUCCACAUCUGGCAUAUGUGAUAGGUCACUGUCAAACUGCCUCCUGUGUAAACAAAGCUAAGAACAAACAGCAGGCAGACCCGGGGCCAGUUUCUGUGGUUCUGUCCAUCAAAACCAGUGUUUAUGAUCAACAUGCAGAUCAUGGUUUACAGCUGAGGCAUUGAGCUCUGUAGUUUCAUGUAUUUCUGUCUUAUUACCCUUUAAAACGAGGCAACAGUCAACUGAGAUUCCUCACCAAAGGCUGGAUUUGUCUUUCAGCAGUACUCUGUUCAACCAAAGAGUUGUGUUUUUUUUCAUUACUUUGUCAAAUGGUUUUCAUUUGAAUUACUCCAGAGGUAUUCCACGGCAUCAGAGAAAACUGAGGGUUUUUGGGUUUUUUUUGUCUUGGAAAAAAAUACUUGGUGAAAAACCUGAAAAGAAAAAGUUUUAUGUGCUUUGAAUUUGUCUUUUCUCUUUUCAUACCAACAACUUAAGAGCUUGAUAAAUAUUUUCCUUCAAAUCUUUAGGGUCUCAACCACAGACUGCAUCGAACAUGGACAUCAUCUCAAUUACAUUACACAUAAGAAACUGUAGCGGGGUUAUGAAGGCUACAGAUGGAGGUUAUCAUACUGCAAAUGCUGACUCAAACAAUCUUUAGAUCAGGCUUUAGGGAUGUAAUAAAGUUGAGUCACCAAACCUAGAGUCCAUGUCAAGUCUGAAGUCCUCCUUGUCGAAGAGCAGUAAAAUCUUUGAAAGCAAAACACAUGAUUCAAGGUGUUUUUUAUAAGGCAUCCUGGUGGGAACUGUUGAACAAGACGGCACAUACAGGUGCUGCUCAAAGUGAAUAAAUUAUCAGGGUUUUAGUAAAAAGCAAAAAAGUCUCUAUCAACAAACAAGUUCGAGCUCCUCUCUGUCUCAUAAAUACUGUGACAUGGUACAGGUAAUUUAUUUUGCCCUUAUUAUGCAGAUUCAUGCAUUAUUCCUGAGCUUGAUAUAAUAAAAUAUUCUCAAGGAGUUUUAAUAGACAAUCUUCAAAAAAAAUAAAUAAACAUGUUUAUUUCUGCUGUAAAAAUGGGCUCUAAUUGGGAUUCCUAUGAUUUUGGUGGGAACUCUUGAAAUCCAGUGCUAUCUUCCUCCAUAUUGGCUUUAUUUUACAACAUUUAAGACUGACUCUUGAUCCUUUCACUCAUGUUUUACUUAAAGCAAAACGUUCAGGUAAUAAUAGUUAAAAAAGUGGAUCAGUCCAGGAUGUUCUGAUCUCGGUCUGGUCUACAGUACUUGUUUUCUACGUUUUGGUGUCCAUCCAGGGCUAACAGUGUCGGUGUGUUACAUUUUUAAAAAACUAACAAGAUUGUCAAAACAACCGCAAAGGCAAAAGGUAGAGGAGGACAUGUUUUAAAAAGAUAAGAGGUCUUUGGUGUGUAUGUGGAAGUGAAAGGUCAAGUGUAAAGAGUGAAAAAGACUUCGAGGAUGAAGUGGAAAUGUUGAUCUGCAGGGCGAGACUGACAGGUUUAAAAGGAGAUGUCAAAUGUUAAGUGUUAUGUGCGUUACUUUAAACAGUAUGUGAUUGAUUGUCUGCCAGUUUAAACUUGUUUUCAGUUGUGUCUGAAACCUAUGCUCAACUUUGCCUGUGGGAUUUUUUUGUGAAAAGUUUUCUGUAUUUGGACCACAAACCUGAGAUUAAAAAAUUGGUCUGGUUUUUUAAGAGUCACAAAGUUACUCCUGUCUUAACCUGACUAGAUCCCUAUUACUCUAAACUCAUAGUUAAGACCAGACUAUCUUCUGUUUUAGAUUUGCAUCUGCUAAAAACUGUCCUUCUUGUAUUGAUUAUUGCCUAAAGAUGUUCAGAGUUUACUCUAGAUCCUGAGCAGAGGCAUAUGAGUAUUGGACUGUUGUGAUGAUAAAUUCAGAGAGUGAAGCCGUGCAGCUCGAGCAGCAUGUACUGCAUCACAUCACAUCAUAUCACAGGAGCCUGUGCGUUCAGUUAGUAAUGAUCCCCUCCAGUCUCGCUCCUCUUGUUUUUACCUGUUUGCUCAAAGUUAAAUUAAUACUUCAAAUUCCAGCAGAUCACCCACACAGUAAAAGUAUGUUCACAGCUUGGAAGAAAACUGGAUUAUGAUUUUAUGCUUGGACCGGAGACCCUGCCUGGUCUGUUGUACUGUGUAGUGGUCAAAGAAGAAAUAAGAUAGAAUAACAUAAGAUUACACUCUUCAGAGGGGACAUUUAGAUAUUUGGAGACAUCUUGAAAACACAAAAUUAUGAUUUUUGCAUGGCGUGAAAAUAGAUUUGUAUCUGUGUCUCUUAAAAACAUUUCACUCACUACAAUCCAUGUGAUUCUAAUAAUUAUGUUUGUAAAGUUGUUGGCAAAAAUAGCCUAGUAUAAUAAAGGGCAAGCAGGGAAACAUUAGACCUUAUGAAAGGUCUCUGAGUUUAGAAAGAGUUUUGGACCUGAUGUUGUAACGUGUGAGGAGGGUCGCUGUGGAGGUGACAGCAGAGGAGACGCAGAUGCAUAGCGGCCAGACCAUCAUGCAGAAGGUUCCACGUUUUCCCAACCCUCUGACAUGAAACUCUCUCAGUCGGCUCACAUGCAGCACCUAGCUGAGCCUGCCAGACUUGUUAUUGUGAGUGUCACUGUCCAGGCGUAAUCCUCCCUCUUCAAAGCACCCGGCGCAGCUCUUCCUUCACUCUCCCUCUUUGUACACAGCCCGUCAAGAGAGCAGCGGCCGCUUGAUAAGACGAAUCCGGCGCCCGCAGUAGGCCGAGUCUACGAGGUUGUAGCGCUUCAUCAUCCCCCCCUCGCUCCUUUUGAUCUCCCGUGGUACUGGAGAUUCCCAGAGAGGAAUGGAUCACUGCAGGGCCUAAACAUGUGGGAUUGUUAAGAGAAACAGCUGGCUGGGCACAGAAACACACACACACACCCUGACACUGAUAUCAUACACACACUCUCUAACUUCCAUUUCUCAUGCUCCGCUUCAACCCACUCACUUAGUCACACUGCUGUAUGUAUAUAUCUGCCUUCAUGUUGUCCGCCUUUGAAAAUCCAUCCUCCAGUGUUGCACUACCUUUGUUUUUUAUAUAGAUGUAGCAGGUAUGUCACACCAAGAUACACCAUGUUUUAUCACAUGCACAUAAGAUCAUAAAUACUGCAGUGAGACAGGCAGCUGGAUAACAAUGAGCGCACUUUCACUCCUUAAGAGCUUCAAGUCCAUUACAAUAAGGUGCUAAAUCUGCGAAAUUGUAUAAUGUACCAUACUGGGUCUGAUUAUAAAUUUACUCCCUUCUUUACAAGAUUAGUUUUAAAAACUACUGGGAGAAGAGUUCAUCUUUUCUUAUAAGAGUAGAGUUCUAUCUAAGAUAAUUAUUAGAAACACACUGAAUAAAAUUAGAUGUCUAAGUACUUAUUAUUUUGAAGUAGACAUCUGCACACACUGCAAACACCAAAUUUCAGUUCAAUGACAGCUGCUUCAUGUCAUUGUUGCAUUAAUAACCUUUACAAAAUCUGCAUUACAGCUCUUCCCCCAGUGAAGGAAACCUUAGUCCACUUUUUAGCCACUUUGUUAUGAUCACUGUCUCCUUUUUUUUUAUCCACCUGGUUCUGCAGUUUUAAGUGACAGCUGGCCUCAGCCAUGAAGGCGAAACUGCCUUUGCAGAUAAAUUGUGCCUUUUAACGCUGUUUAAAAUUUUAGCAUCAAAAAGUAAAGACCCUGAAUUCAAAAUGAUCCAGUAUUUGCAGAUGUAUUUCAGGGAAAGCCAAGGAUUUAUAAUUAACUGGUUAACAGCUACAGGACACAACCCUGUCCAGGUUGUAUUUUUGUGGUAUCAAUGGAAUUAUAACACAGGACCUUAUGGGAUAUCCUUGGUUUUUGGGACCAGCCUCAAGUGGACACUCAACGAACUGCAGUUUAUAGCACUUUCCCUUUGGCUUCAUUUAAAAAAAAAAAGCAGAAACCAUCAGAUGAAGGAAAAAAAAUCAAAUUAAAAAAGAAAAUGUACAUAAAAAAAGAUUCUGUGAUCUCAGUUAUGAAGUGACAUUAAGACAAAACCUCAAGUUUACCCAAAAUCUAAGAUAGUUACACUGCUAUCUACCUAAAAUCAAUAGUUUGUAGCAUUGAUGCAAAACUAUAAAACAGAAAUCUUACUUAUUAAUCUGAAAUAAUUUGGAUUAUUAUGACUGGCUAAAUUGAUGGUAUAGCAACCACAGCAUAGCACAUAGCAAAUGAUCAGAUGGUUUAUGUUUAAAUAUUUUUUUAUGAACUCUUAGUAUGACAUGUUGUCCCAGCCUUAGACCAAAAUGUAUUUGAAUUUGGGUUAAACUAUUUUUACUUUGUUUGGUGUCCCAGCUACUGUUCAGAUAUGAAAAAGAUGUGAUAUUCAGUCUGGUGGACUUUUGUGAGGAAAACACACAGCUUUCGCUCUGAUCCAUAAUGGAUGCUGACUCGAACAGUGAGACUCAAAACUGUUAUUUGUGUAUGAAACUGUAGUGUAUUGGUGUAUCCGCCUGCCCAGAUGGACUUAUUACCACAAACAAAACCAGUCACUUGGUAGUUAUGACCAUUUUGAUACACACAAAUCUGAUGGCCACAUGUGUUGACACAGGCAUCCAUCUGCUGUGUCGGUACGGUGUGAGUGGAGCCAGAGAAGAGCAGAGGUCUGCUUUGAAUGUUCCUCUGAGAUUAACCCGUCUUUCAGCGAGGAUGAUACUGGGACUGAUCUCUCCCACUGAUUGGAUUUGAAGCCUGGGAGAGAGAUUUAAGUUACCUGCCCUCAAUCCCCCUCCUCUCUGGGUCUCUUACGUGAGGGCAUAUUUACAGUAACAUGAUCAGACAGUGUCAGGCGCUAUGAAGCUUUGAAGAACGGCAUUUGCACCAAUCUGAACAGCAAGUAUAAAGGGUUUUAAUGCUGCCUCUUCUUUGAAAGCAUGCAAGGCUUUCAUGAGACAGUCCUCCAAUGUUUGAGCACGUUGCCAUUGGCAGCACCCACAGAUAAACUCCAGGCCCUUUUUGACUUUAGCCUCUUGAGCAAUGACGAGCCGGCAAUCUAAACUGUUGUCCGAUACGGGGUGCCAUUAAAAACCACUUAGGGCUUUAUAAGGGGGCACAGAGCCCUUUGCAAAAUUUCCUUUGACGCAGAUGGGAUGAAAAGUUUUUGGUUUCCCAGAAGAGGUCAGGAAAGGUAGCUCCCUUCAUGUGUUUUAUGGCUUUGAGUGCUAUAUUAGCAUAUUCUGUCUCUUAGUCUGGAGGCAUUUAAAAGAUGAAAGUUAGAGAGUGGUCCCGUACGUUUUAUGGCCUCUCAGUUUUCCAAGUAUGAGAGGAUUUCAUGCUACUAAAUAAGUGUCUGCAAGGAGGCAAAUCAUUACCAGGUCAGAAAUCUAUGAGACAACGUCAGGAAAAUAACAUUGAAAGGUUUGGGGAAAGGGUUUUUGUUCUGUAACAGUCUCAUGUAAGUAUCUGAUUGAUCUGUUUAGAGGAACAGCACCUUGCUUUGCUUUGCAUUGCUUUACUAACCUCACUCAAACAUGUUUUCACGUUGCAUCACGUUUACACGCAAACUGAAAGGGGUUUAUUGGUUUGGUAUGUACACAAAUGAGUCUGAGGAGGGGAAGAUAUCAUAUUACAGGAUAUCAGACUUGGUUUGAAUUUAGAUAUGUGUAUUCUUUGAAUGUUUUACUGGAAAAGUAGAUCUGGGGAAAGCCAUUUCCUCAAGUGCAUAUUUACGCAUUAGGACAAUAAAAAAUGCAUUUUGUAAACAAACAGCUGAAAAAUUGUUAAUGAGCCAUUUUAAAGUUCAGUUUGUUAUACCUUAAAGGUUGGAAAUGUCUUCAAGGCACUAUUUGUUUCAUCUGCUAUAUAUAUUUAUUUGAAGUUUAUUUUGGGUUUUAUGAUUAAAAAAUGUCUCAUCUCUCACAGUUUCUUCAAGAUUGCCAAAUGUUUCAUCCAUUAAAGUUCUAUAACUUUCCAAAAGGGGUAGAAACUGUAAUGGAAUCUUUUCUCAGUUAUGUAAUAGAAAAUACAAGAUGUUUGGUUAAGGUUUGUAUUUCUGUCAAGCAGCAAACUGAUGUUAAGAAAGAAGCUAAUUUGAUGCAUAAAAGAAAGGGCAGUUCCUUGUGUGUCCACCUAAGCCUGUCUCCAAAAGUCCAGGAAGUCCUCAAAUUGAUUCCUCAAAUCAAAUAAACAUGUUACAGCCAGUUUGGUCCUUUACCCUAAUGUUCCUAUUUAUGAAAUUGAGGUGUGAUUCCUUUUAACAAGUUAUAAAAUAGAACUACUGUCAUGACCAGAGUAUGUUUUUUUUUCCUUGAAGUAGAUCUAAAAAGGUGGGACUGUCUCAUGUUGUGGGUCUUGACUUCUCAAUGCAAACAUUUGGUCAUAAAUGUAAAGUGAAGCAAGUGUACCUCAUGUGAUUGUCUAGAUUAAGGCGAAUGAAAGGCUGGCCACACUAUUAAAUAACUGAAGGGGAUUAAUGAUCCAGAUUUUAAGAAAUUGGUUAUGAAUAACCACUACACAGCAAAGAAAUGUGGUAUUACAUAGUACAAUGUCAAUUUAUUGUUAUUUAACAAUCUAAAGGUUAUUUAAAAAAAAAAAACACAGAGGAAACAGUUUUCAUUAUAGUUGUGUUUUGCUAUUAAGUACUUUUCCAAAAAUAACCUUGUAAAAGAAGGCUAAUCUUAUAACCAAAGUUAUCAAAUAUUUGCACCAAUAUGUUUGUUUAAGGCUAUAAAGUUAUGCAUCAUACAGGGUUUGGCUGAUUUGAAAUACAAGUGCAUGUGUUUUAGUUAUUUGCCAAGCAGCUUCACUGUUAUCUCCACUCCACCCCUUUAGUUGAUGGACCACAUCCAUGUUUUGGACAUCCUGUGGUUUCUGUUUUUGGGUGUGGACCUAUGUAAGCUGUGCUGGUCCUUGAGAUAACUUUUUUAUCAUAUAGGUAAUUGUUGGAUUAAACAUUGCUUUUUCAGCAUGUUGAAUCCAUUUAAAUGUACUACUUUUUCCCUUUACAUUGUUUCAAUAGGAGGAUGUUUCCAAGCUACAAAGUGAAGGUAUCUGGGAUGAACCCCAAAACCAAAUACAUCCUGCUUAUUGACAUCGUGCCAGCUGAUGACCACCGCUAUAAGUUCUGCGACAACAAGUGGUAAGUUGUUCAAACUAGAUUUUUCUGUGCUGGUUUUGCCUGAUGAAUUUCCUCUUUUGGGGCUUGAGUGACUUGGAUUUAUUGUGUAAUAAAGAUGCAGUUAAUCUUAGUCAAAGUGUGAUAAAAAAGUUGUCUGUACACAGUGUCUAGAGAGUCUGUACAAGUUUGCAAGCCAAAAAACUAAGGCUGUUACUCAUGAAGAGUCAACCAUGAUGCUGCUUUUAAAAUACACUCAACUCUGUUACUGCUGACUCUAAUGACCACUUUAACCUUUGAAAUAAAUGCUUUUUGCUGUUGAUCUGUUUUUGAGAGGGGAAGGGUUCAACCUGUUUUCCCCACACAGCCCAUAAUGUGCAGUUUCUGUGCAGCUGUGUAGCUCUCCUCAGUACAAUCUGGUUUUGACAUAUAAAGUUUGCAAUCCUACUAGCUACUGGUAUGGUAUGGUAGCCAAGCUCAGCCAUGGCAACUUGUAAAGGUGAGAGGCACUCACUACCUACAACCAAUUCAUUAAACAACUUCUCUUGGAGUUGCACCACCUCUCCUCUGUUGUCUUAAACUGAGGAGUGAGUCUUUUUACUCAACGCUCCACAAGCUUUCCUUACUUAAUAGUCUACCUUCUUUGUCUUUAUGUGCAUGAUAAUAAUUUCAAUAAGAAUAAAACGCUGUGACAUCUCUUUUAUUUUUGCAGGAGAUCUAGACGGGGGGCAGCGUGCUCUGGGUGAAUGACCAUAAAACAAUAAAAUACAAAUGUCUUUGCACUGAUGUAUUGAUCAGAUCAUGCUGGUGCAUAGGCCACAGACCAAUCGACAAAUAAAAAAUAAGAGUGCAGGAAAAGUGGGAAACAUCCCGGACCCAAACGUUCACAUAAUCACUCAAAUGACCUGGUGUCCAAAAUCUGAACCACAUCUUCUAUAUCAGUUAUCUUCACAAAGGCAAAAUCAUAUCAGCCUGGUUCAGUUUCAUGCCUGACAGUGAUUGCAGAUCAUGCAUGGCUGAAGUCCCUCACUACAGGGUCUAGGCAAGACCCAUUUCCCAAAGAAAAAAAUCCUUUGGAGUGAACCCAAUGUUUGUCUAGUCAACUUUGGAGGUGACAAAUUUGCAGCCCUCUACCCUAUGGCACGACACUUGGAUUGCACUGCCUGGGAAUAACAAAAUAAAAGGCAAAAUCUCAAGCAGAGAGAAGUAAUUUUACAGCCAUUUGUUUCUCAUUGUGUGGCAUGGCCUGCAGUCAGUGGGUUCUGGUGUUUCUCAGCGACACCUUGGCCAAGCGUAAUUAGUCAUAAUGUUUUAGCACAGGCCACCUCCUUCCACUCUCAGGGAUUAAAUACAGUGAAGACUGAGAACAGCGGAGUUCACUGCCACUUUGCAGCUGCAUUAUGGUAAAGGGACUUGGUUCAUGUGCUGACUGGGGCAGAUGUUUUUAGAUGGCGAAGAUGUAAACUCUAAUCGUUGUACACCAUAAUCUUUUUAAAAACAAGUAGAGAUGACACUAAAUUAGCUUCAUCUCUCCAUAACAUGCCUACUGCUUUUGUCCUCAUCUCUUUUUAGGAUGGUGGCUGGCAAAGCAGAGCCAGCAAUGCCCGGCAGACUAUACGUGCACCCAGAUUCACCUGCAACAGGAGCUCACUGGAUGAGGCAGCUGGUGUCGUUUCAGAAGCUCAAACUGACAAACAAUCACCUGGACCCCUUUGGGCAUGUGAGUACCAGUAACCCAGGAAAUAUUUAAGGAGAUGGGUCAUGUUCCUUCAGUCUGGGUGAUAUUUUUUAGCUCUGCAAUUCUCCUAUUAAUUAAAUUAAUUGUUUUAAUGUUCAAAUUUUAAAAAUAAGGUUCAAAAUAGCAGUGAAACAGAGUCAGAAUUAAGUGGGUCUGCAUGGUUCUCUGCGGGGACAUUAAUGCUUGAAUAGUUGUCUGACUUUUACUUGAGUGAAGGUGGAUUUGCUCCCUAUCAUUAUAACCCUGUUUCCUCCAUUAUCACAGCCCUAUAUUCAGUAUGGAUCAAUCUGUUGCUGAGGAAAGUAAUGUGACAUGCUUGUGAUAGCUGUGUACUAAGAAGCAGGGGCAUGUCCAGACUUUUGUGAAUGGGGGGGGGGCAGUCCAAGGCCCUAACUUCAGCAGGGUGGCAUGAUAAAUGGAGACCGAUAAAUAGCAUACACCGUUGCGUCUAAGUUCUAACACUUAGCAUAUGGUUACAUUUAGCAUAAAUCCUGUUUCUGAUGAGGCAAAUAGCCAAAUCCCCACAUUUUAUCAGGUCUUUUUGGGUCUUGACCUUGACGAGUGCACCAUAUUACAAACAACUCAACAACUGCCCCAGCAUUUUAGAUAUGGAUUACUGACAACCAAUCACAACCAGACUUAUGCGGUUAAACUGGUGCGUUUACUACUGACUCAUGUUUUUGAAAAGGGUCGAUAGAUCUAAUGUCUCAAGUAUCAUCCUGAAUCAUGGACAAAAAUACUAAGACAAAGACCACACUGUCAUAAAGGUUCUACCUACCGUAUAACUUUCAGUUCUUAAAUAAGUCUUCAGUAACUCAUAAUAAUGAGUUACUGAACAGUUUUGAUUUUGACCAAAUGUUGGUGCCCAUCAGUGGUUCUAAAACUGAGUUAAUAUAUUACUGUUGAACACUAGCUUUAACGGAUGGUACCAAGAGUCUUGAUGAAGUCCCAUCAGGUAGUUUAAGUCCUUUCCAAGGAAAAUGUUGAGUGGCUUGGUUUUGCAAAGGGACUCCAACAGGAUGAGCCAAACUCUCUGCUUUGUCUCAGGGUCCUGCUGCUCACCUUCUUGGGGCUCUUAUCUCCCAUCACUCACUUUCUAUGCAUUAUCCUGUACUUGUUCAACAACUAAUGGUUAGAAAAAAUGGCUGAACAGCAACGACUAGCAUUCACUAGAUAAGAACAAAAUAGUCCCAAUCAGUUUGAAUUAGACUCUGAAUUAAUUGAAUGGCAGAAGUAGAGAACUACUCUCGCCAUGAUGACACAAGGUCCAAAAAAUAUCCACAGCACUCAUCUCUUGCUGCAGGAGUUCAAAAUAGAUGGGGACUCUAUGGCAUGCUUACCCAAGAUCAAAUGGAAAUGGACUCUCAUUUUCAUGAAUUUUUUUUUAGAAAAAGAUUUAUUACUGAAAUGAGUGCUGAAUCCAGUUUCACCCAUUUUGGAUACAAAAAAAGGUCUAAAGACAAGUAAAAAUCAAGGGUUAAAUUCUGAUCGUCAUAACUGUUUAAAUGAUGAGUGAAGUUUUGAUGAACAGACUUGCAAGCAGUCUACUAUUUGGUAUAUAAGGCAGUAAACAGGUGACAUCCCGAUAAAUAAUUGUGCUAUUGUACUGAUAAAAGCAUGUGUGAAGCGUUUAUUCAUUUCUCCCCCAAGGAUAUGUAUCUAAUUUGUUUUUCAUGUCCUACAUAAAACUUAAAUGCUCAAAUAUUCACUGAAAUUUCAUUACCAGAGGGAACUCUGCACAGCCCAAAAUCUCACCAUGUCAGACACAUCUCAGCGAGAGAAAGAUAUCUGUGAAACAUUCAGCUGAUGUGAAAAAUCUAUUUGAUAUGUGUGCAAACAGCCAAAUCAAAAAUCAUGAAGGUGUUUUUCACAGGCAGAUGUCGGAAAGAAGGAUGAAAGAAAGCGAGGCUGCAGAGGGAAGUGAAGAGUAUGACUGUGGCAGCGCUCCCCAGGGGGACUCUGGGAUAGCUUGUCUGAAGCCAUCCCAUCAAUGGGCGGGCUCAUUAGGUUCAUAACCUCUCAGAUCAGUGGCGGGGCCCGCUGUCAGAUUGAGUUGAGUGCCUGGCCAGUGAUAAGGGCGAGUAAUGAGGACAGAGCGAGUUUGAGGCCAGGCAGAGCCCAGAUGACGCCCAGACCAGGAGGUGUUUAGUGGAGCAGAGCUUCACACAGAGCAGUGAAGGAACUCCAAAUCAGCAGUCAUCAUACUCAUUACAGAUUAAAUUUAAAUGACUGAAUUGAUGGAAGUUUUUCUUCUGCUUUCCUAAAUAUGCCCUUAUAUGGUUGGGUGCUCACCACCAUUAUGGAGUUCAGCAACAAGGCUAAUUUCUUAGUCCUUCUGACCAUCAUUCUUCUUUAUUUAGCUGCUUAUCCUUCAAUAAUGAUCAAUGAACCAUGCUUACACACUGGUAUCUUGCAUUUUGGUCAUUCAGCCAAGUAAACCAGAGAAUCACAACCAUUUCAGACAACAACACUGAUCACUACUGACAUUUGUUGCCAACAGUUAGUGUCAUUUUUUUUAUAUUUUGGGGCUUUUAAUGUCUUUAUUGAGCAGAAAGGACAGGGGUUAGAGCACAAAACGAGGGAGUGACAUAUAGGGAAGGGGCUGCAGCAGGUUGGACUUGAGCUGGGGCCACCUGCUUGAGAGCUAUAGCCCCUGUACAUGGGGUGUGUCAUCUAACCACUAGACCAAACCAGCACCCCACAGUCAGCGUCAUUCUAAGGAAAACAAUGCCAUUUAUUUGGCAGUCAGGAGGUCAAGGGCCACCUAAAUGCUUUGUUAAUAUGUCAAUAUGGUGACUGUCAUUGUUGGCCUACAAAACUCCCCUGAACAAACCAAUGUGUGACAUCACUGAAGCUGUCUUUGCAGCCAUUAAAAAAUCAGGAUAAGCAGGUUUCCUCUGCAUACAAAGCCCAAUAAAAAGGGGAUUGCUCAAUAAUAAAAAUAAAUCAUAACAGAAAAUACACAAAGACAAGAGAUUACAAUAUCUUUUGUUAAAAUGCAGCUUUCUGUGAGAGACUGAUUUAAAUGUAAUUCAGAGGUCUAUCAUGUACUGAUGACUUAUGCUCAGUGGUAAUAGAAAAACACUCUGUGUUCUUUUGUUUUAUAGCUGUUGAAGUAAACAAUACUCUGAAUGUUUUCCUAUCAGGAGAGAUGAAAGCAGACAUGUUCUUUAGCUCCUCAUGAUCUGAGGAAAGCCUUCCUGAUCACUACCCUCAGACCAUCACCCAACAGUCUCCUGUAUCACCCUCAGACUGCAGUCAGACAGCAGGGCAGACAAAGGUCAAGAGAGAGCCUCUGGUGGACCAGCCAAUAGCUUAUCUCUGUCUCCAGCCUGCCUCGGCAACAGAAACAUGUGAGCACGGGGCCAUUCAGUGCUCAACCUGAGCCCCGCUCCCUGUGCCCCGCUCAACCUUUGCCUCUCUUUGGGAGCCCCCUGGAGGAGAAGGCUCCUCAGGAGAGUGUCUGGCAAAUAAGGAGGGGAGCCGAGGUGCAGAGUUUGAUGCUAAUCGGCCCUGACAGAGCUGGACUAGUGAUGACCCUGCCCCACUGUUGCUAACGCUUCACUGGGCACAGCACUCAGCUGCAGUGAGCAGACUGAUGCUAGUGAGCCGACCUGCAGCCACCCAAACAAUCUAAACACUGGGUCUGCUCAACACAUGCUUCCUGCUAUACUCAAACAAAACACAUUUAGACUCUGGAUCAUGAGUGAUGGAGAUAAAAGAUGUAGGAAAACAAGUCAAUGAACUAAUAUAUUCUAAUGUACACUGGAAAGGCUACAUGCAACUGAAUAAAUCUAGAGGGAAUAAUGUAAAACAAAUGCAAAAGCACACUCUGUGAACAUACUAUAAAUAGAGUUAGAUCUCAUGGCAGGAUUUUAGACAUCUUAAAUGGUUCCAACUUAGCCAGGUGGAGAUAUUUCUAUUUCAUUAGUACUGCUAUAGUUUGCUGAAACAUAUAAAAUGACAAUAAUUCAGUUUUUAUUUAUCAUCCCUUUUAAUCUUGAAUAAUAGGGCCUACAGUCUCCGCUCCCAGGACUUUUGUCAUUUUUCUGUUUAGAUUUUCUUAUCUGAUUACACGAAAUCAAUGUAUCAGCAAUCAGACCUGGAACUCCAAAGUCUGGUAUUUCUGAAUGCAUUCAAAUCCAUUAUAAAUUCCAUUACAUCUAGGCUUCAGGAGUGCAAAUGUUUUAUUUGAGUGCAAAAUUGGAUUGAAAAUCGAAAAUUCAAUUAUUAUUUUAUAACUGUAUGUGCUGCCAUUCUUGGUCAGGUCUCUCUUGCAAAAGAGAUCUUGGAUCUCAAUGGGACAAACCUGGUUGAAUAAAGGUUAUAUCAAUAAUAAUAAUUAUAAUAAUUUUUAAAAUGUGAUCAGAGAGGAAACCAAAUGUUUUCUUUCAAAGGCUAAAAUUCUUUAAAUCUCUGCUGAUAUUAACUUAUAUAUUUUGAGUGAAAGGAGUGUGUGCUUUCUCCUUUUGGUUUUAUACAUACAAACUUUAACUUCAAGAGCUGAUGCUGGUUUGUUUUACAUGUCUAAUUCUUGAUACUUUAUGUUAAAUUGUCGUCUAGAUCCUCACCAGACCCACCACAGCACUAAAGACACAGCUGCAGUUAAUAUGAGUAAUUAUUGCUAUAUUUGGGAGUGCUUGUUGGCAAGCACUGAUAAUAAUGCUGCCUAUUGUCACUGUUUGCUCAUUAGCUAACCACAGGAAAUGGGCAAGCUUAACUUCUACCCUUUAUGAAUUUUAUUAGCAGCAGCUGUGCUUUCCAUUGAGUGCAGAAACGCUUUGUAACAAAGAGUGAACAAUGAGCGCUGUCAUAGCUGCGCUCUGACUUUAUCCGACAAAUAUCUGCUGAUGCUUCUUCAAGCAUUUUUAUGACUUUUUACACCUUAUAAACUCUUACCUCACGGGAGGUGGGCUGCUGAUGUAACCUCAAAAUCAUGAACUGCUUUUGAAUAAUGGACCGGGUCAUCUGUUUUAAUUGGAGUCAAUUAAGUUGUUAUGGCUCCCUUUACUGUUAUGGUUGUGUUCUUAUACAGUCUUCUGUUGUAAUUUUGUGUUAUCCUGUUAUUCUGAACAUGAGACAACAGUCUUAUGUUUGAGCAUCUUUUUAAAUGAGAUUAUGCUUUCAAUGUCUCUUGGCAUUAAAAUGUGAUCACGUGUGCAAAUAAAGCACUGGUGGUACUGCUAUUUCUUAGUAAUGCCAUAAAAAUGAAAAACAGUAGUUCACUGGUUAUUUGUCCAGCUAGGUGAAAACAACAAACCUUAGCAUCUCUGACCUUCAAGGCUUUCAGCUCUAGUAAUGGGAAUACUCUAUAUCUGUUUUUAGGGGCAUUUUCUGAAUGUUGUUUCAAGAAAAUAUUAGCAUUCUAAAGUUACUUGAUCCUAAAAUAAAAUGAUAUUUCAACCUUUAUGAUGAAAUGACAACCAUUGUGGAAACAAUAACAAAGGCUGUCAUAGGUUAUAUGUUUUACAUCAUGUUGUUGGUUCUUUCAAAUCAGUGCGUUUUUAUUGAAAUGUUUUGUCAUUGUGUUGUUCUACAAGCCUAUUUGUAUUCCUCACAUUUCUCCUUUUUUAUAAAGCACUUUGUAAUCCUGCACUAUAUCAAUAAAACUCAUAAUUAUUAUAAGUUUAUUGUUAUUUAAAGACUUGUAUGUGUUUUGUUAGAUUGUGUGAGCAGGUGAAUAAACUGUCAGGCUGAAAUGCCAAUAAAAGAGGGAGUGGUAAAUAAAAACAUGUGAGAUGCUUCAUAAAAAAAAUGAUCUGAUAGGCUUUUGAGUGUGAGAAUAUGAUAUCAAGUCCUCAAACCUGCCAGCUUAACAUUUCUGUUGAAUGGAUCUGUUUUGUCAGUACAUUAUGUAAUCAGGCUUUGAAAUUGCCUUUUUUGUCAAGCUGAUGAUGAAAAACACAAGAUGGGAAAAGGGAAUGCGAUAAUUUAAGCCAUCUGACAUCCACACAGCUGCUCCCACAGUGUGCACUGUACCAAGGUAUCUGCUUAUAAAUGUUGCAGCAAUAAGUUUCAGAGGUGAAAUGUAAAGCCUUCUCUUCUUCCUCACAGAUAAUCCUGAACUCGAUGCACAAGUACCAGCCAAGACUUCACAUAGUCAAAGCAGAUGAAAACAACGCCUUUGGAUCCAAGAACACCGCUUACUGUACUCACGUCUUUCAUGAGACCGCCUUCAUCUCAGUAACAUCUUACCAAAACCAUAAGGUACAGCACAAACUCCUUGUUUUUUUGUCUUUUUCACGUUUAACUAAAAUGAAUAACUUAAAGGGUUGAAAACAGCCAACAGUCUUCAUAUUUUUUGUCUAAUGCUCUGUUUGGUGUGUACUCUACGGAAUAAGAUUUUAAGCAAAUGUCUUCUUCCUAGAUCACACAGUUGAAGAUAGAAAACAAUCCAUUCGCCAAAGGAUUUCGAGGGAGUGAAGAAGGAGAUCUGCGCGUUUCAAGACUACAGGGGUAUGUUAACACAGGAAGAUGUAAAACCACUGAGUACACUACAAAUCUCUUGUUCAAAUUCACCAAACAGCCUUUCAGGAGCAUUUUAAUGUGUUUGAGGAUUUAAAAGAUUUGAUAUGAUAAGGGUUGGCCUGUUUAUCUUUCUCAUGAGAUUCUGCAUCAUGUCUACAGGAAAGACUAUCCCGUGAUUUCAAAGAACAUGGUUCGACAGAGACUCAUCACCUCACACAGUCACCUAGCAGGGAAGCUUGGGACAGGAGUGCUCUCUGGGCACCCUUCAGUCCUGUCAUCUUACCAGUAUGAUACUGGGGUUCCUCCAUCCAACUCAGACCCACAAGACCCUAUCUCAAAUCACUUUCCUCAAAGUAGAGAUCCCAGCCUUUUGUACCACUGCUUCAAGCACAGAGGUAUGCUUUGUAAUCCAUUCAUCUGAUGACCUGCCUUUACAAGAUAAGAUUGCUUAUUCCAAAAACCAAGCUGUUAAUCACAUCAUUUUGCAGAUAAUACCCGACACCUGGAGCUUGGAUGUAAGCGGCCGUAUCUGGACACAUCAUCAGCUGUCUCAGAAGAGCAUUACUUCCGAUCAGCUCCAGCUUAUGAGUCAUCCCUGCUGUCGCAUCCAUACUGCACCGAGGCAAUCAACUCAAGAGAAGCUUGUAUGUACAGUGCCAUGGACACAGAGUCUGGAUCUGGGGUCGGGGACACAGAUGACCUGACCAACUCCUCUUCCAUUAAUUGCAACAUGUGGGCGACAAUGCAGCCUUAUCCUCGCUACGGCGUGGAGGGGGUCCCAUACCAGCCCUUUGCUGCUCACUUUCCCAACGCUGCCACAGUCACGUCAGUUGUACCACACCCAACGUCGUCCAUGGGGUCACGACAGCCACAAGCUGACUUAGGGGUCUACAACUCAUCCACAUCCCAGCGUGCUCUGCCUAUCAUCACUCCAUCAUCCUCUUCUUCAUCCUGCUCUCCUUCUAUUCUGGGAUCCAGAGAUAGGUCAGGUCAUCCACCACUGUACCACAAGAAGCCAGGAUCACCGCUUCGACCUCACAGAGAUUACUCAGCCUAUCCAACUCAAAGCACUAUUUCCAUUCGUGAUCCGUCGUAUCAGUAUCAAGUGGGGCUGAGCAGUGCAGGGACCCAUUGGACUGACAGCUAA